GUCGAUACGCUUGAUCUUCAAUCUCUCACCCUUAAUCCCAUCUUUCUACAAGUACCCGCAUAGCUUGCCGAAUUCGAGCAAUGGGCUUUUUAGACACCUUACCCGCUGAAAUUCUGCUGCAAAUUCAGGCGCUUCUUCCACUUGAAUCCCAGGCGAUAUUCCCACUCCUCAAUCAUAUGGUUCGGAACAAAAUCGGGCAUCUGCCCAUGACUCUAAGCAAGGAGGCCCAAUGUCACCUAUUACAAUUACUCGAAUGCGACGGCAUGUAUGCGAAACCUCUCUAUAUCGCAUGCAAAGACUGCGGAAUAUUCCACUCGCCCUCUUCAUCCGUCCCGCCCAGGCCAGGACAUCAACACCAUGUCGUUGAAUCUCAAUCGUACAACCUACGACCAUGCGCUGCACCCAAAGUUUCCCUCCCCGAAGAUCACCUCUACAUUGGUGCCAAGAUGUGGUCAAAUUUCCUGCCAUGGAAUAUGAGAUUUAACAUGGUUGCCGGGAUUCUGAGGUCCCAACGCCUACGGUCGUCAGAGUCCAUUGCAAAAGCUGUACCUGUCUCUAGGGAGUUCUAUAGAACUCCGAAUUUUUGGAUACAGCGAUUGACUGAACGACGAACUAUCGAUGGUUGCCUGUUCCUCAAGACUCGGGACUUCGUUCAGCUAGAAAGUGGCAUACGCCGGGUCAAACACAAAGGAAUGUUCCUAGGAAAGGACGACAGGUUCUGGUACCUCAGCGGGUGUUGCCCUCAUAGUCACCGUACCUGGACAGCCGGUGCUUUGGAAGUGGUUUUGAACACUGCCAGAGAACUCGAAGUUUCCACUGAGUCCAACAAAAAGCACCCCGAUGAAGGCAGUAUCUGGGAGUAUGGGCAGAAGCCCCCAAAAGUUAUUGUCGAAAACAACGGGAAGAUCUUCAGUUGUAAGCGGUGCUGGAUGGACUACUCGUUCGAAUUUUGGACCAAUCCAUCAUCCAAGGCUCGCAUGGUGAUCUUGAAAAGCUGGAGAGAUCUUGGAGAAGGGGCUACGGAUAACGACCCAAGAUGGCGGUCACAUUUGCAGCGCUCUUGGGGCCGUCCUACUAGAAGUAGACUUUGCCCCAGGCCGGCCACAGGUGUUUUUGAGGCAUAUGAAAAUUCGCACGCAGCAAGGGUGUAGCUUUCGCGAUGCUGUACGUUCUUGAAACAGAACUUCCGAUGGCAAAUUUGUCCUCGACGAAUUCAACUAGCCACGAGCAACACGCUCUGCUACAUGAAUGUAGCAAGGUAUUGCUGUUAAAUAAAGUAAAAUCGUAACCUCCUCAUAACACUCCCGCUCCCAUCGCUAUGAUACAAGGAAGCUCUACUCCCAUGUAUUGUUUGUCACGCAUAGCUCUGAACUAUUUCAGCCAUGUCGUACCUUCGUACUUU